ACAGAGGCAGAGACACACUCGCAGUUUAGCUUUAGUGUCCGGGACUGUGAAGAUCAGGAAAGAUCUCACCACUUUAUUGUGAGUUAACCCCUGAGCGUCCGUGUCUUCCUUUAAAGGAUACAGGGGCACCAUCACAGGAAGUGUCAUGGAUCUCGGAAAGAAGCUCAGCACUCCAAAAGACAUCAUGUUGGAGGAGCUAUCGCUGCUUUCCAACAGAGGCUCUCGCCUGUUCAAAAUGCGGCAGAGGAGAUCAGAGAAAUACACUUUUGAGAGUAUUCAAAAUGAAACAAACGCGCUGCUGACUAAUGAUAUUCUAAAUCGAAACAAUAUAGAUUUUAUGGUGGAUCCGUCAACUCAGGGAGACCAAAAUGCAAACAAUCCUGCUUCAGCAGAUACGAGCCAAGAAAAAUCAGACAGCACGGGCGUGCACAAGACCUAUCACACGCCAUGGGAGGAGGCCAUCCUCAGUGACCCUGACCUCGCUGAAACCAUCAAACUCAGAAUGCCAGAACCAAACCCACAACCAGAGCUUCCACAGUUCAGAUGCUUUAAUAGGGUUGCAACCCCUUAUGGUGGCUUUGACAAAGGUCCCAGAGGAAUCACUUUCAAGCUCCCCGAGGUGGACCUGAACCUACCACGAUUCCCAGAGUUGAACGAGUCAAGGAUGAAGAGGCCCACCUUUAACCGGACAGCCCAGGGGUGGAUAUCCGAAGGCACACAUCUGAUCAUCCCAACUAUAACCCUCGAACCCACUAGUGUUCCAGAGUCUGACGAUCUGUAGAAUAUCAUCUGGAUGGAGCCAAACAAACUUCAGCCUGUAUAGUGUUUGGGUUCAACAAAAUGGAACCUGCGCUUUUUUCUUUUUUCCCAUUUUCAAACUUCUGAAAAAAAGCAGCAUAUCUGUUCGGUUUCAGUUCUGUUCUGUCUGCUGCUGUACAAUGGAAAAAAACAGCAAAAAACAAUGUGACUUGUAACUCCCUCAGCACAGAAAAAAAAGAAAAAAUGUAACUCUUAAUAUUUGAAAUGAGGGAUGAAUAACUAUUGUAAAUAAAGAAUAAAACAAUUAUUGUACAUGAAGAACA